UAGUGAGUAAGUUAUUCACUUGCUCUACUGAAUUCAACACGUCAACGUUCGGAAAAUGGAGCGCUGGAGUGGUAAAGUUGCAUUGGUGACGGGCGCUUCUGUGGGUAUAGGGGCCGAAAUUUGCAAGGAGUUGGUGAAACACAACAUUACAGUAGUCGGUUGUGCCCGAAAUGUUGAGAAAAUACAGAAAAUUGUGGAAGAAGUGAAAAAUGCUCCAGGACAUUUGGAAGCUGUGAAAUGUGAUAUAUCAAAAGAAUCAGAGAUUCUGGAAGUAUUCCGUGGAAUCCGACAAAAGUACGGACGCCUGGACAUCUGCAUAAAUAAUGCUGGAUUUACUUCUGAAUGUCCACUGAUAUCAGGAAAAACAAGUGAAUGGAAAGAUAUGCUCGAUGUCAAUGUGCUGGGUCUUUGCAUAUGCACCCGAGAAGCCAUCAGUUUAAUGAGAGAAAAAAGCAUUGAUAAUGGACAAAUAAUUCAAAUCAGCAGCAUGGCAGCUCAUAGGGUACCUGCUCAUGGAGUUAGCUUUUAUGCUGGAACUAAAUUUAUGGUGAGAGCUCUUGCAGAAGGUUUGAGACGCGAGCUUAAGGCCAUCAACUCCCACAUACGAGUUGCGUGUAUAAGUCCAGGUGUGGUUGAAACUGAGUUUUUUGAGCGGUUUCGUGGUAAGGAAACAGCACAAACACUGUACAACAGUCUGACCUGCUUACAAGCCAAAGAUAUAGCUGAAGGAGUUUUAUACAUAAUACAGAUGCCUCAGCAUGUGGACAUUAAUGAUAUUCUCAUUAGGCCAGUGGAACAAAAAAUGGAGAAAUGGAAUAAUCGGGUAGCUUUGGUCACGGGAGCGUCAACUGGAAUUGGUGCUGCCAUCUGUCGAGAAUUAGUCAAGUAUGGAACUAGGGUCGUCGGUUGCGCCAGAAACGUUCAGCAAAUUAGGGAUUUGAGCCAAGAAAUAGAUACACCUGGAAGUAUCCACGCCAUUAAAUGUGAUUUGACAAAAGAAGAUGAGAUUCUCUCUAUGUUUGAAGAAAUUCGAGAAAAAUUUGGCCGAUUGGAUAUUUGCAUCAACAACGCUGGACUAUCUUUUGAUUGCCCUUUGUUAACUGGAAAAACAAGUGAAUGGAGGACAAUGAUUGAUGUGAAUGUUCUUGCAUUAUGCAUAUGCACAAGGGAGUCUGUGAAGUUUAUGCAAGAGAACAAAAUUGACGAUGGACAGAUCAUCCAUAUAAGCAGCAUGUCUGGUCAUCGUAUCCCAGCUAUGGAUAUAAGCAUGUACGCAGGCACUAAGUUUAUGGUUCGAGCUUUAACUGAAGGAUUAAGGAAGGAGCUCAGAAACAUAGGAAGUCAUAUCAGAGUAGCAAGUAUAAGUCCCGGAUUAGUGGAAACAGAAUUCGAGUAUCGUUGCUACAGUAAAAACCCAGAAAUAGCUAGAAGCAUUUACAGUUCCAUCAAGUGUAUGGACGCUAAAGACAUUGCGGAGACUGUGAUUUAUGUCCUGAAAUCCCCACCGCAUGUUGACGUGAACGAUGUUCUGCUGCGACCAGUUGAGCAAAAAGACUAAAAAUUGGGAUCU